UUUUACUUUGGUCUGUGGGAUUGUUUAGUCUGAAGAAAAAUACAGAGAGAGAUUGACAGACAGAAAAAUCAUAAAACUCAAGAACCACAGAAACAAAUUUGAUGGUGUUGAUGAUGAAGAAGAGAAGUAGUAGAGAUUUUGUGUUGGAUGCUGAAGAAAUGGAAAGGAAGAGAUUAAAAACAAGAUUUGAUUUCUUUGAUGGAUUACCAGAUGAUAUUGUGAUUAGUAUUCUUGUUAAGUUGAGUUCAUCUUCAAAUUCUCCUUCUCAUUUCAUCAAUGUCUUAUCCACAUGCAAGAGAUUGAAUGGAUUAGCUCUGCACAGAUUAGUAUUGUCAAAAGCUUCACCUAAAUCGUUAGCCGUUAAAGCUAAAAACUGGUCUGACUCAGCUCACCGAUUCCUUAAACGCUGUGUUGAUUCUGGAAACGUCGAAGCUAGUUAUAUCCUCGGCAUGAUACGAUUCUAUUGUUUAGAAAACCGAGGAAAUGGAGCUUCACUAAUGGCAAAAGCAGCGAUGAAUUCACAUUCGUCGGCUCUGUACUCUUUAGCCGUGAUUCAAUUCAACGGAAGUGGCGGCUCCAAAACCGACAAAGAUUUAAGAGCCGGUGUAGCUUUAUGUGCUAGAGCGGCUUACUUAGGUCAUAUCGAUGCGUUGCGUGAAUUAGGUCAUUGUUUACAAGAUGGUUACGGUGUAAGACAAAACGUCUCCGAAGGCCGCCGGUUUCUCGUUCAGGCAAAUGCUCGUGAACUCGCCGCCGUCAUGUCGUCAGAACCGUCCAAGUCAUCAUCUUGUCCUUGGCUUACGUGGCAUCCUAAUCAGCACGGCGGGCAUCAUGUGACGAUUCUCCCCGGUGGUUCUGGUUGCCCAUUGCUUAGUGAUUUUGGGUGUAAUGUUCCACCGCCUGAAUCUCAUCCUGCUAAUAAUUUCUUAGUCGAUUGGUUUGCUCUGCGAGGGAAGACUGAUUCCGGCGGCGAGGAUCUGAGAUUGUGUUCGCAUUCCGGUUGCGGAAGGCCGGAGACGAGAAGACACGAAUUCCGGAGGUGUUCGGUUUGUGGGUCUGUGAAUUACUGUUCUAGAGCUUGUCAAGCACUUGAUUGGAAACUUAGACAUAAAUUGGAAUGUACACCUAUGGAACAAUGGCCUGAUGAAGAAGAAAUUGAUGCUGAUGCUGAUGCUGCUGCUGGUGUUGCUGCUGAUAAUAAUAACAGACUUGAAAAUGCGGCUGCAGGUGACAAUGCCAACCACAAUAACCUUGGUAUCAUUCAGAGUUAACGGUACUGGAUUCCCUAGUGUUGGAUUACUAGGACAUUUUGGAGAUCACUCUCUAUAACCUUCCGACCAAGGUUUACAGGUGGAUAAUGGCCGGACGGAGCUUCAGUUCUAUUUUCGAACUUCUUUUUUUUUUUUUUACCUUUUUCCGAUUAGGGGUAAUUUUGGAAUUUUGAAGAGGGUGUAAGUUGUGGGGAUAUAAUUUUGUAACUUGGGAGGAAGUAUAUAGAAGAAAUUUGGAUCGGCAAGGCAAGUAAGAUGAAAUCUGUAAGAAGAGUAAAGAAAUCUUUGUCUUUGAGUAUAUAGUGUUUUGGUUUAGUGAUAGAUUUCGGUUUCAUGUUUAAAAAAAAAAUUGAAGUUUUUGUCCGUCUUCGUUUGUUUAUCUUGGGAAAGGAAGGAUACUUCACCUCAGCAACAACAAA